AUGACGUGCCAGCCUCAAGUCCACGAGAUAAGGGUUUUGUUUCACACAUCUCAAAAGCCAAGGACGAGAGAUCCAGAAGUGGAGGUUGCCAAUCACGAGGAGAAGCUUGUCCUCAAGGGUCAAGAAGUUGAAAAUCUGAACGCAAAGAUUCAGGAGCAAGACCAACACAUCUCCAGCCUGAAAAGGGACAUCCAGAGCCUGAAGGAUAUGCUGCAGAGCAACGCCAACACUAUCAGGGAGUUUGCAGAUCUCAGACUUAACGUUAUAGAAAAGUCCCCAGAGAUUGAGUUACUCAGCAGUCUUCAACAACAAAGCAAGGCCCUUCAUCAGGAACUUGAGCAGACGCGACAGCAUGUGCAACAACUCGAAAAGUACAACGAGACCCUUAACCGGCUAUACGACUUGACUACAGAAAUUAUCAAACUCUUGGAGCAGGGGAAGGAAGCAUUGUGUGAACGCUAUAAUCGAGCCAUUCAGCAGCUUGAGAAAAUGCAGCACGAUAUCAAUCUGCUCUGUGAUAGAUACAGCAUUGAAGAACAUGGGACAAGAGAGCCGGGGACCACAAACAAGAGGGUGGCAGGGGAGUCCAACCAGGAUAAUCAAGAAGUUCAUGAAUUGUUGGAACGAAAUAAAGCCCUACAAGAUGCGCUGGAGAAGAUGACAAAGAGUAAUAAAGAACUGUUGGCUGAAACUCAGAAGCUUCGUCGGGAUCUUUCUCGGAAAAAUGAAGAACUCUUAAGGGAGCAAGAGAAAGGCAGAAACAGCGAAACUGCCUUCAUCAAUAACUGA